AAGACAGAAGAAAGAGAAUGAGAAGAAUAGGAUAACUUCAAUGAGGAGUAUAAAAACAAGUUCCAAAUCUAAAGAGAGACUCCGAUUUAUGCGCCACUUUUCGAACGUCCAUGGUACUCCACAUAAAUUGUAAGCAGCUGCUAUGCUUUUGUUGCGACGAAACGUACGUUAUGAUGCGAAACCGUAACAACCGUUAGAUUGGGGGUCGUGGGUUAAAUGUAUAGAGGACAAAUGUUUGUUGGAUUUACAACGAGUGUCCUUCAAAUCGAUGCCGUGGCUCCAACUUGAUGCAAAGAAUAUACCCGCCAAGCUCAAAGGUCCAUUCCCGCUCUCUCCUCCUCUUUCUCUCUCCUCUGCCUGUUCGACGAGAGAGAGAGAGAGAGAGAGAGAGAGAGAGAUAAAGAGUGUUAAACUCCUCACGCAAGUCUCUGCGGUUUCUCUCUCUACAACCCUGCACUCAUCUUUUUGGCUCUGAAUUAACUCGACUUUCUCUCUCUAGACUCCUCUCAUUUUUCUGGGCCUCUCCUUUCAAUCCCUCUUUGAAUUACCCCGGACUUUCUCUCUCUCUAGACCCCUCCUCUCUUUUUUUGGGCAUCUCCUUUCAAUCACUCUUUGAAUUACCUCUACUUUCUCUCUCUGUGAUUCUCUCUCUCUCUACCUCAGUUUUACCUCUACUUUCUCUCUGCUUCAAUUCUCUCUCUCUCUACCUCAGUUUUACCUCUACUUUCUCUCUGCUUCAAUUCUCUCUCUCUCUCUCUAGACCCCCGUCCUCAUCUUUUUGGGUCUCUCAUUUCAGUCACUCUUUGAAUUAACUUCUCUCUCUCUCUCUCUCUGCGUUACAAUCGGCUCUGUCUUCCUACUUCAAUAAACACAUUUUCUCUUUCUAUGCGCUUCUAAUCAACCCGAAUUACUCUCUCGCUGCCAGGUUUCUCUCUCUCUCUCUGCCUGCUUCGAUCAAGGAGGUUCUCUCUCUAUCUCAAUAAGCGUUUCUCUCUGAAACAGUCCGGUAUUCGCUCUCUGCGUUUGUUUUGUGAAUAGUAAGCAUGGAGAUAUUACAGGAGCUUCUUAUAACCGCCUUUAUUUCCCUGGUUCUCGCUUUUCUUAUAGCAAAACUCGUCUCCGAUUCUAAUGGAGAACAUGAUCCAAGCCCUCCGUCGAAUGCUUCUAAGCCUAACACACGUAUAUUAUCAGAGGAAGAGCCUUCUAAACUUAAUUACACCUCGACACUGCAAGGAUCAAACGUAGAGUCUGCUUCUGCAACAAAUCCCGAUAAAAAUGGCGAUGAUUUGGCUGAGGAAAUGGUAAAUGUGCAGGAAUUUGCCCUAAAUUUGGCCAAAAAAUCUCCUGAAAAGGAUACAGUAAACGAAUUAGACCUUGGAUCUCUGGAAAGAGAGGGAAAAUUCCUAGUUGCUGAAGAACUUGACCUAGAGACUUUGACGGACACCUUGACUGAAGAUGAAACGGUUGGUGACGUAAACCCUGAACCAGUGCCAUCUGUAACAGAAGAACAAGAGCAUACUAAACCUUGUGAAUUUGAACAAAAUUCAAAGGAAGAACCGGAGUUAGUUGAUGCUAUCAAAUCUGAACUAGAAUUGGAAAAGGAAGAAUCGAAACCAGUAAAGGUCUCUGAGGUCGAGGAGAAACUAACAGAGGAUGGAACUCAACAUGUAAAUCCUGGCUUUGGAGAAGAGAGGAUAGAGAAAGAGAAAACGUCUGGUGAGAAAGAGGAGUUGCUUUUAGAGGAUAAAGGAGAACCAGCCUCUGAAGAUGAUAAAGUGAACAAUUUGAGAGCAAACGAGAGAGAGAGCUUACUUGGUGAUGAUGAAGAAUGGGAAGGGAUCGAGCGGAGCGAUCUCGAGAAGCUCUUUGCUGUUGCAUCAAAAUUUGUCGAAUCAGAGAGUAAUGAAUUGCUAUCAAGGGUGGGGAGCGAUGUGCAAAUGCAAUUGUAUGGUCUUCAUAAAGUUGCAACAGAGGGAACCUGCUAUGGAUCACAACCCUCAGCUCUCAAGAUCUCUGCUCGUGCAAAGUGGAAUGCUUGGCAACGAUUGGGGAUCAUGAAUCCAGAGGUUGCAAUGGAGCAAUAUAUCGAUCUACUUUCUGACAAAAUUCCUGGCUGGAAGGAAAAAAUACCAGAAGUAGGAGGCAUCUAUUCCCCGAAAGCAGGAAUAUCUUUAACAGCAGAUCCUGUUUUAUGCUCUUCUAUAAAUAGUCAGGCAACCUCAGAAAGUGAAAGGAAAAAGGAAGACAUUUAUGAUUGUGGGCUACAGGGUGAUACUAUUGGUUUUUCAAAUAUGGCGCAGCAGGACAUUCCUGUUAACUUACAUGGACAUGGAAAGGCGGAGUCCACUACAUCGUUCUCUACAGGCCCAACAUGAAAAAUACUGCUGAAGUAUCAUUUUUAUGCUUGAAGGGCCAGCUAUUGUGACAAUCCCUGCAAGGAUUUGGGAUAGUUAUGCUGAUCAUGAUUUCCAUGUCUCACAAAAUCAAGAUUGCAAAUAAUCUAAAAUUCGUUUGUCUUGUGUAUAUGCAUGUAAUUAUGUUGAAGAAGCCUUCCCUUUUAUGUCUAUUCUACAAUGACUGGCAUUGAUUAUCUGUAUUUAAUUGUGGUUUGGAAUUGGUAGUUCCAAAAUGGGAUCUGGGAACUGGUAUCUUGAGCAUUCUUGUCUAUUUGAUUGUCCUAUUUUUGUA